AUGAAACUAUCGACUGAAAGUCGCGGAUUUAGAAUAACGCCGGAAAAAGCGGUGAAAUUUAUAAAAGUUAGUGUUUAUCUGACCUGCAUGUGGCCCCCGCAGGGAGACGAGUCCAAAAUUUCCUUCAAAUUCCGAAAGUACCUAUCCGUUUUUUUAUCCUUUGGAUUAUUCUUCCCGCUUCUAUUUUCGAUUGUUAUUUAUUUCAACGAUAUGUUAAUUAUUUUAAAAUCCGCGAUUUGUAUGACAGCUCUUGUUAAUUAUAUUUCCAAGGUCAUAAUUGUCACGAGGUAUCAUCGAGAAUUUGAGAAAUUUAGAUCUGUGUUGAAUGAAUUCAUACUGAAAGCAAGUGACUCCAGUAAAGUAGUUUUUCAAAAGUACGUCGACAAGUUUUGGAAAUUUCAAUUUUUUAUGGUGUUCUGUUACUACUUUGGAGCUACGGGAAUUAUUAUGGGGCCGUUGGUGCUGCCGCAGAAAUUCCCCACGGACGCAGUGUAUCCUUUUUCUGUGGAAAAUCCUGUAGUUGCUGGAAUUAUUUAUGCUCAUCAGGGCUUUGCAGCGUAUCUCGGCGCUGCUGGAAUGGUUCUGGACGGACAA